GCCGGCUCGAUGGGCGGCGACGGUGCCGGUUGAGUCCGGCAAUCCGGAGUCGCUGAGCCGUUAGCACGAGGCGCGCCGAGGGAAACGGGGAGGAGCUGGGAGGAGGGAGGCAGGUGUUGGGGCUUUUGGUGCCGGCGUCGGAGCCGCUGGGUCAAACCCGCGCUGUCCCGGCCCGGCGGGUUAGGUUGGUGUCGCUGACGCCGCGCUCAGCGCUUUUUCCGGGUUACGUUUCAGUAAGAGCGAAGCACCCUUCGCCGGGUGUUCAAGGCAGGGUCGCCAGGACCUGUUAUUCCCCUGCCCCUCGCAUUCUUUCCUACCCAUCUCCUGGUUUGUGAAUUUUCGAGAUCAGAGAGCAAGUUUUCAUUUGGGAAGAGACGUUCUGCGGUGUAUAGUACGAACUAUGAGAUCAGCUCCUGUGUUAGCACUUCACGUGUACUGUCUCAUUUAAUCCACCCAGCAUUCUAAAGGGGUAGGUGCUGUUAACUGUUACCAUCUCCACGCGAAGAAACGCUCAUAAGUUAAGUUACUUGUCCACGUGCUCUCUCCAGCUUGUCUCCGACAACUUAAAUUGAGUGAGGCAUUUGGCACGUGGGCGGUUCCUGCGGUUGCAGAUGAGAGGUGAUGAGAAACUGAAGGAGGGUGCUAGUGGGGCAAACCCUGAGGAGACCAUGCGAGGGGUGAUGUUCAAGAUCAACAUUACAUGGUGUCAGAAGUGGGAUACAGAGGAGCCGACCACCAAGGAACAGCAACCUCCAUCAUUAAGUGAGGUUCCUACACUUGAGCCUUCUGUGCUCUUUGCUUCUACUAGUUGCCCUAACUUUCAGUUUGAAAUACGUUUAAUCUAACACUUCCCUAAGUAGCCUGCAGUCCAGAAGUAGGAUUUGGAAAUUGAUUGGAUGAGAGCCCUGAGUAGGAGAGUUGGAUAUUUUCCAGAGGGUCUGGCUGAGAUAACUGGGUAGAUCAGAGUGUUGUCCUGGUGCCAAUACCACUGACGAAGAUGGAGAAGAUUGAGACGGAUUGCUAUUCCCUUGAAUGCCACUCCUGCUAUGGAGAAGAUUGAGGAGCAGUUUGCUAAUCUGAACAUUGUUAGACGUUCCUCAGGGACUAAAGAACUUACUUAUCUGCUUGGCAUAGACACAUCCAAGACUGCACAAGCAGAAAAGGGAAGCUUGGUUGCUGUUUUAUGUUCUAAUGGAUCAAUUAGAAUAUAUGAUAAAGAAAGGUUAAACAUACUACGAGAAUUUAGUGGAUAUCCUGGACUUCUUAAUGGAGUCAAAUUUGCAAAUUCUUGUGACAGUGUAUACUCAUCAUGCACUGAUGGCACUGUGAAAUGUUGGGAUGCUCGAGUAGCCAGUGAAAAACCUGUCCAGCUGUUCAAGGGGUACCCUUCCAAUAUUUUUAUUAGUUUUGAUAUCAACUGUAAUAAUCAUGUCAUUUGUGCUGGUACAGAAAAAGUUGAUGAUGACGCCUUGUUGGUGUUUUGGGAUGCAAGAAUUAAUUCUCAGGAUUUGUCUACUACUAAAGAUCCACUUGGUGCAUAUUCAGAGACACAUAGUGAUGAUAUCACUCAAGUAUGUUUCCACCCCAGCAAUCCCAACAUGGUAGUCUCAGGGUCAACUGAUGGUCUGGUAAAUGUAUUUGAUAUUAGUGUUGAUAAUGAAGAAGAUGCACUGGUUACAACAUGUAACUCAGUUUCAUCAGUAAGCUAUAUUGGUUGGUCUGGGAAAGAUUAUAAACAGAUUUACUGCAUGACACAUGAUGAAGGAUUUUGUUGGUGGGAUCUUAAUCAUCUUGAUACUGAUGAACCAAUUACACGUUUGAACAUCCAGGAUGUCAGAGAAGUAAUUCACAUGAAAGAAGGUACUUUGGACUAUUUGAUUGGUGGCCUGUAUCAUGAAAAGAUGGACAAAUUGUUUGUUGUUGGAGGAACAAACACAGGAAUUAUUCACUUAAUGAGCUGUACCACAUCAGGAUUGACCCAUGUGACCAGCCUUCCGGGAGGGCAUGCCGCUACAGUCCGUUCUUUCUGUUGGAAUUUGCAAGAUGAUUCCUUGCUAACCGGAGGAGAAGAUGCACAGUUGUUACUUUGGAAACCUGGAGCAAUAGAGAAGACAUUCACAAAGAAAGACAGCAUGAAAGUAGCCUCCUCUGUGUACCAGCGAGUUCGCGUUCACAGCAACGAUUCUUAUAAGAGAAGGAAAAAGCAGUGAUGGUACAUUGGGAGUUUACUGGGUAGUUUCAUAGUUGCAAGUAAUUAUUUUUAUGUACUACCUGUCAUAGACAUGUUUAAAGCUCACAUGUAAAAAUAAGCCAGUUAGCAAACAGUCCUGGAAAAAUGUUGAGAAUGGUUUAAUUCAGGUCGUCAUCUAGUCUAAAAUUAUUUUUUUAAAAAGCCUCCAGUUGAGUAUAUAAUCAGUGAGUUGAAAGUAAAAUUACAUUCCUCAUUUUUAAAACCCAUCUGUUGAGCUAGUAAAUGCUGGUUUAAAGAAAUAGCUUUGAUAAGGACUUUUGAGAAGUAGAUGGCUGCUGUGACUUAAAAAAACAGGUGGUUUGGGCUACGUUUUUUUAAGCUCAAUUUUUUACAUUUAAAUCAUCUUCAUUAUUUAUAAAACGAAGUCAGACUUUUUUUCAUUUGAAGAGCUCCUACUUCCUUAAUACUCAUAAGAUUACAUUGGAGCAUUUAAAUGUAAAUGUUCUAAUGAGUCUAAAUAGAAUUAAACUUAUUUAGAAAUAAAGUGAUUUGCAUCUAUUUAGGAAAAAUAUAUUUAGUAAAUAUUUGCAUCUAUACUUUAAUGUUGUUGGUUAAACAGUAAACAGGUGUUUCACUGAUGAAAAGGAAAUUAUUGUGCAAAAUUCAUUUUGAGACUCAAAGUGAAUAUACCAAAUGAAAGUAUUUAUAAUAGCAGAAUGACUAUUUUUAUUUCAAAUGCCCAAAUAUUUUGUGAGAAGAUUUUCUUCCAUAGUGUUUCAUCCAUAAUUUUAAACUUGAAUUUUUGUUUACUGCUAAUUUUUCAUCCUUCCUCUUAAAUAUUUCUCCAAAGAAUCUUAA